CUAAUCAGGACUUGUAUGGUCAAGGUGUUUCAAAGAUAAGAAUAAAAACAAAUCUAACGCAAUGGCGUCUUGGAACUGUCGCCUCGUACUUCUGUUUUGCCUGUUCUCUCCACUUAAGGCAGAAAACGAAGAUUCAAAAUGGAGAGGGGAAAUGGAAGAACAGAUGAGAAAACUUGCUGCAAUGGUCGAGGAUCAAGGUAGGAUUAUCAAGGGACAGAACUCUGAGAUAGCAGCCCUUAAAGAACGAAUCAGUGAGUUAGAAACCAAGAGUGAGGUCAAAGAGGCUUCAGAGAAGCAAAUACACUCCUCCAUACAUAAAACGGAUAUCAAAAUCGACCAGAUUAUAAAGACAAUGAAGGAACAACAAAAGCCUUUUCCGUCAGGUUUACAAAAACGUCUCCUCCUCGACUCGUCGAUAGUUCAUGAGACCCCAAUAGCUUUCUACGCCUACAUCUCCCAUGACUUCACGCAUGUCGGAAAUGAUCACGUGUUUAUUUACGACACCGUGGUGACCAAUAGUGGACACGCUUACAACAACUACAGCGGGAUCUUUACAGCGCCAUCUAGCGGAUUGUAUGCCUUUGCAUACUCAAUUGCAGUCGCUGGGCAUCAUAUAUCUGGGGAUCACGAUUCAAACCUCGGAGAAAUAUCUGUGAGGUUAGUGCGCAAUGCUUCGCCAGUUGGUUCUAUUGCAGCUGACACAGAGUCGGUGAACGAAGAUGAAAUGGCCACUGGUUUCGCCAUUCUGUAUCUGGAUGCCGGAGAUAUUGUUAAAGUCGUUAACCCGUCAAAAGGCCAAGGGUCGUUUUUAAGUAACUUAAGAGAAUAUUGGACAUUUUCCGGAUUCAGAAUUGGCUAAUGCUUUACCCAAUUCAAUGUAAAUAAGGUCUUUUUAGUAAAUACAUAUUAUUUCCAAAUAAAAUGUAUCGUUUA